GUCAGCUCAUAGGACUCACAGAGUACAUGCGCACAUCAAAAAUAUCCGUAAGCAACAAGGAGCGCUUCGCCCCACUGGGCUCCCAUCUCUCGGUCACUCGGCAGAGUCCCUCAGGUACUCGGGCUGCACCCAUCCAUCCAUCGACAGCCAACACACGUCCACACCAAUCAAUGCACGUGACAAGGCAGGCAGAGCCACUCAUACCUUGAUGAUGAGGUAUUUGAGUCCGUCCUUCUGCGGCGCCGAGAGGGUGGCCACCUCCUUGAGAAUGUCCCCUACUAGCUUGGUCUUGGCGUCACCCUUCUUGAGCUUCAGACGAGAUAUCACAACCUGAUUCACGAUACACACAAACAAAAGCCGUGUGGGUCCCGUGUGUCUUCACUGGUCGGCUUGGUCACCUUGGUGAGGCAUCUCCCUCCGUCUCUCCUCAGCUCCCGGAUGAUGCGGUCCUUGAGCUGCUUGUACUCGCUCGGAGGACCCCUGCAUCCACACAAACACACGUACGUCAAGGAUGUGUGAUUUUCGUUCUCUCCCCGUCCCCCCGUACUUGGUCGGCUGCAUGAGCCCUGGCGGCGCCCCAGGUGCCCUCUCUGGCGGCCCGGCCUCGGCAGAUGGGGCAGGGGGGCCGUCUCGUGAUGGCGGCCCCUCCGCCUCAUUCUCCUCCUCGCCCUCGUACGCCGCCAGCUCGUCAUCGGCAGCGACCUCCUCAACAUCCUUCAACAGGUGCUUGACGUCCUGGACGACACACACAUGGCACGAUGAUGUGGGUGGGUGAGUGGUCGCGUGGCGCAUAAGACUGACCUUGCCGAAGUUGGUGAGGGGCUCGUCUCUGUCAUCCUCGUCGUCAUCGUCUGACGGCUCCUGACACACACAGCCAACACACAGGCACGUCAGUCCCUCCCUCCCUCCCUCCCUGGCCGCACCUGCUGCGCCUUGGCAUUCGCCUCGGCCUGAGAGUCUUUGUCCUCCUCGUCGUCACUGGCCCGGCCAUCGUCGUCCCAGUCCCACUGCACGGCGUCCUUCUCGAGAUUCAGCAUGGCCAGCGACCUGACACGACGCGGCAAUGGAUAGUCCAACACACGUGACGUUAUGGACUGCGUAUGUGUUGUGUGCUAGGUACGUACGAGUCAGGUAUGUCGGCCUCCUUCCUCCCCUCGCCGCGCUUGAGCUUCUUCAUGCGCGCCAGCUUGUGGCGCUCAGUGCUGCAUGGACCACAUCACACCGACCGGCAUAGAGGAAAGGUGAGGUAGAUGGACGGAAUUAACGUUGCUUCUGUGUAUGUGUGUGUGGGCAUCUGGGCAGCGUACUUACGUUUUCCUAACGUCUUCUUCUUCGAAGACGUCAUAGUCGUCCUCAUCCUCAUCGGCAUCCACAUCGUCCUCCGGCAACCGACGCUUCACUGAACACACACACCGCACAAGUGGAUCCGUAGACAGGCAGAGCAGCCAUUCAUCGGAUGUCACUGACCUCUCUUUGCUGCGGCGGCAUCCUCUUGCUCGCCCUCCUCCUCGUCGCCCUCCUGACCAUGGUGGAGGACCUUGCCUGCACCCACACCAACCCACAGACACACCCAUGACUUAGGCACCAUGUGGGCGCGGCGCUUCGGAUGCACUCACGAUCGCGGGCUCUUUCGGCAGCCGCCAACGCAGUCUUCCUCUGAUGGCAAACCAAACGAAACGCAGCCAAACGCAACAACAAUCAGAUCAGAGAUGAGCAUCCUCGCCAUUCUCUGAGCGCUAUUUGCCCACCGUUCGUUCCACUUCCUCCACUGAGAGCUUCGUCUUGCGCAUCUUGGGCUGGAAGUCGUACCAUGCCGACAGAGGGAUGGCCUCAGCACGAUUGCCCUGCACACAAACACACAACAGCCAACACAUGUGAAAGGAUGCACACGCACAUCCAUGUCAGCUGUUCGUUCCUUCCUUUGGCUGUUGACCUGUUCGACAACGACGAAGUAGGUUGAUGUGUCGAGGGCACUCUUGGAGCCGCUGAACUCCUUGUGGCGUGGAUCACCGCUGUCCCGCAGCAGCCAGGGCAGCUUCUGGAUGUCAUCCUGAGUCAAGGGCUUCGGCGGCUGGCUCUCCUCGCCCUCCUUCGCCUCUGGCUGAACACACCACAGCACCACAGGCACAGAAAGAAAAGCACACAGAUCAUCCAUCCAUCCAUCGACAGCAAGAUCUAUGGCUGUGUGUGUGUGUCUGAGCUUACGACGUCUUUCAUCAUGAUGAGCGGCUCCGUCAGCUUCCGCAGGUUGACAUCUGGAGGGUACUUGGCGGCGAAGAAGCUCUUGAGGUUCGCCUUCUUUGACAGACGAAGCUCCACGGUGCCGCGACGACCGUCUGACAUUCUUGGUCACAGGAACACGCAGCGUAAGGUCGGGAUCACUUGCGGCAGCCCAUGGCUGUCCUCAAAAGCCAUACGUGUUCAC